AGUUUGUUUUAUUUUGCUUAUUAGCAAUGAUUAGUAUUUCAGUUGUUUUUCUUCCUUUUUUAGCUCACCGGGCCCAAAGGACCAAGUGAGCUUUUCUCAUCACUUGGUAUCUUUCAUCGUUGUCUGUUGUGGUUUUUACAAUAUAUUCUUCUUUCCUGACACUACUGGGCCAAAUUUAACCAAACUUGGCCACAAUCAUUAUUGGGGUAUCUAGUUUAAGAAAUGUGUCCAGUGACCCGGCCAACAAACCCAGAUUGCCAUCAUGGCUAAAAAUAGAACAUAGGAGUAAAAUAUAGAGAUAAUUGUACAUGUUGUAAGCAGCAAGAAUGUUCAGUAAGCUAUGCCAUGGUUUGGUAUGGACAUUGGAGGAACACUUACCAAGUUGAUAUAUUUUGAACCUAGUGAUAUGAUGGAAUUAGAACAACAAGGGGAAAAAGAAACGCUAAAAACUAUACACAGGUACUUGGUCGGCAAUAUAGCCUACGGAAAUACAGGUAUUAGAGACACACACCUUGAAAUGACAAAUCAGCAGAUUGGUGGUAAAAAAGGAACAUUACAUUUUAUACGAUUUCCUACCAGUGAAAUGAAUGCAUUCAUUAAUUUAGCCAAAUCUAAAAACUUUUCAACUUUAGCAUGUGCAAUAUGUGCAACUGGAGGUGGUGCAUAUAAGUUUGAAAUGGAAUUCAAACAGAGAAUUAAUUUAACACUACAUAAGUUUGACGAACUAGACUGUCUCAUCAAGGGUAUUCAUUAUAUAGAUCGUAAUUUUCCAUUAGAAUGUUACUAUUGGAAGGAUGCCGACAGUGACAAACCAAACAGCUCAAAUAAAGUUCCGUUUGACUUCCAUAAUCCUUAUCCUUACCUGGUUGUAAAUAUAGGAUCAGGCGUCAGUAUCUUAGCUGUUCGAGGACCAUUUGAUUAUAAAAGAGUAUGGGGAUCAAGUUUAGGUGGAGGAACAUUCCUAGGUUUAUGUUGUUUAUUAACUGGCUGUACUACUUUUGAAGAAGCCAUAGCGUUAGCUGCUGAAGGAGACUCACAUAAAGUAGACAAGCUAGUCAAAGAUAUAUAUGGUGGAGACUAUAGCAGAUUUAACCUCAAAGGUGCAACUGUAGCUAGCAGUUUUGGUCAAAUGAAUAUAGAAGAGAAAAGAGAGCAAGCUUCCAAAAGUGAUUUAGCUAGAUCAACCCUUGUAACAAUAACCAACAAUAUAGGUUCUAUAGCGAGAAUGGUCGCUACAACAGAGAAAAUAGAUAAGGUUGUGUUUGUAGGAAACUUUCUACGUGUAAAUACUAUAUCAAUGAAGUUAUUAGCCUAUGCUAUGGAAUAUUGGUCAGAUGGUGCUCUAAAAGCUUUGUUCUUAGAACAUGAGGGUUACUUUGGUGCAAUGGGUUGUAUAAUGGAGUAUGUUUCUAUGAGUCAAAAUUUCUCUAAUAUUAAUUAGCAUUUAAUAACAAUGAACUGUGAUACUUGUGGGACCAUUAUGGAAGUCAGAAGUGGUAAAAUUCUGAAAAAAGUUGUCAUCACGCUUGAGAUGAGAUGAACAUACUUCUGGGUUUAGUCUUUUAAAUUGUUUUAAUGGGCAUGAUUGUAUGACAGAUAGUCAACAAAAUAGUUUGUAUCAAACAUUUAUAUGGGAUAAAUGUUUGAGGGAUGACUUAUUCAAGUAUGUAUGUAUGUAAAUUUCGGCAUAAUCACACUGUAUUUCUUACUUUGUUUUAAAUCACAUUACUUACAGAGUUAUUUCCCUUGCAAACUUGAAUGUUUUACAAGGCAAAAAAAUGAACCAUUUUUGUUUAUUUUCAAUUUCAGCAUGUACUUAAACAUCUUUGCACAGACAGACAUAUUAUAGUUGACAUGAUCAUUUUAUUGUCUGAAUUUAGUAAACAAAAAUUAAAAAAAAUGUUUUAGUGUAAAAUUCUUCAGAAGAUGUUCACCUGCAAUUGUAACUGAUGGCUAAUGAGUUCUCUGUCUUCUUUUAUCAUAUGCAUUAACAUGCAUUCAAUGCAUCAAGGCAGACAACUCUAAUUAACUUUCAAUUAAAGGUGUUUUUAUACAGAAAUGGAUAAAAAGAAAAUGUUACAGUCACAGAUAUUAUACUGUUUGAAAUAUUUCUUUUCAUCAAUUACAAUAAACUUUGUCAUUGUUUAAAAAUGCAAAAAUAGAAUAAUUCAGUAAAAGAUAUUAAUAUUUUUGAAAUUUUUCAUUUCAUCACUUAAAAAACCCGUAAAAAACCUGUCAUGUCAUGGUUUUCAGCAUGUAAAAUUUUGAUCAAUCUCCUACUUAAAUUUUAUGUAGCAUAGUCUUCCAGUUAUUGUUUUUAUAUUAGACAAUUCAUUUUUGUAAGAGGCUUGAGUGAUGUUUUUAUAGAGAGUGAUGACUAAUUUUAUUUCACUUUGUAAAAACAACUACCGGUCUUAAAAAAGUCCAGGUUUUUUUUAGAUAUUAAGAAUUAAAAACAAAUAUAGAUAACUGAGAUUAUUGAUAGUGCAAUUCUGAAUAGAGAUUUGAGAUAUGUUGCAUAUAGAUUUUUUCCCCCAAAAAUUCCUACUUUUGGUUUGCUGUAUUAUGUUUGUUUCUGACAGUAAGGCUGAACGUGAGUGAAAGGUACAAAUCAUUAGUGUAUUCUUAGCAAGGGAAAUAACUCUCAAAAAUAGAACUUUACUGUGUUAAAUCAAAAGGGGUAUAUUAAUUGAUUUGUUUUGGUCUUACUGUUUUGAUAUAUUUGUACCAGUAUUUUAUACUGCAUGGGUUACACUAUAUAGAUUUUAUUACAUAAAAAAGCUAUUUGGGUUCAAGGUUUUUCUUUUAUUACAAUGCAUUUACUAGUUUUAAAGCGAUAUGUCAAAAGAUCUGUUUUAAUUUUUUUUGUCAGUUUGACAUCGGUUAAAAAACAAAUCAGUUUUGUUUGCCUUUAACAUUUUCAUUCAUCUUAUAAAUUGUAAUAAAAUCCUUUUUAAUCUUUAAAUUUAUAGCUGUUUGUGAACUAAGCACAAAACAAUAGAAAUCAAAUUUUUGGCAGCUGGUUUUUAAUAUAUCAACUUUAAAGGGGUUAUUUUGCAUCUUGUUUUUGUAUAAUUUUUGUAUCUGCUUCAAAAUGUUGAGAGUCUAGUGUCAUUCAUAAUAAUCAGUGCAUCAGUUAGUUAUUUUAUUUAAUUGCAUCACAAUAGUGUUAAUACAAUUCAAGGUAUAAGACAACGAAAAAUACAACUGAGAUUUAUAUUUUAAAUAAGUUUUCCAAAAUAAUUGAUUUUGAUCAUUCGUUAUUACAUACACAAAAGCAUGAAUCAUAAAUGAAAUCUGUUGCGUACAGAAGUUUUUAAAAUCUCUCUUUUUCUAUUUGUUAUCAAGAAGUCGAGGUGAUCAUUCCAUGUUUAAUUGUUUAUAUGUGAUUUAUUUUAUAUAUGAUUUGUAUAGUUAUUUAAGGUGGAACCUAACACUACAGGGAGAUAACUCUGUAAAUCAGCUAAACGUUUUAAUUACGUUGUGUUGUUUAAGGGAUAUUAAGCUUCUCAAUAAUCAAAAUGAGUGUUUGUCAAACUGCUAUAUAACCAGUGUAAUUUUUCUGAUAAAAUGGUUAUAAAUUUUUAUAUUUUUGUCAAACAGUUAAAGUAAAUACUUAGUCAAAAUUUUAAGAAAAUUAAACUAGCCAAAUUAAUUUUAGUUAAAAUGUGGGGUACCACCUUAAGAUACACAGAAUUAGUGAGAAUAUAGUUUGUCUUUUAUUUAUUGGAUUUACGUUGUGUUUGAUCAUCAUUGUCUUUAAACCAUUUCACCAGCUUUCUCAAUUUUUCAUAUCUCAUUCAACAAUGGUCAAAUAAAAUUUAUAUAUAAGUAUAUAUAAUGUUAAUUAUAUUCACAAAUACCUUUAAAACGAACUAGAAUCAGCAUAAAAAGACUAUACUCUUUAUUCAACUUGUUUACAGUUAAACACAUUUUCCUGUAUACAAAACUUUGAAAUUUUUGAAAAACUAAGGAUUUUCUUAUUCCAGGCAUAGAUUCCCUUAGCCGUAUUUGGCACAACUUUUUGGAAUUUUGGAUUCUCAAUGCUCUUCAACUUUGUACUUGUUUGGGUUUAUAAAUAUUUUUGAUUUGAGCGUCACUGAUGAGUCUUAUGUAGACGAAACUCGGUCUGGUGUACUAAAUUAUAAUCCUGGUACCUUUGAUAACUAUUUGUCUAUUGAAAUAAAUAUUCAAUGAUGAAUUGCUUGGCAACUCUGAAACCUGCUGGUAUUAAUAGUGUCUAUCCCCCAAUGGUAAUUGAAAAUGAUUGCCAGUUAUAUUGUUAAAGGUCAGUGUCUUCCUGUACCCAAAAAUUCUGAUAACAAUGAUAAAGCAAAGGGUAGCUUAAGUGGUGUAAAUCACUAAAAACAAAAUUCUAUGAAAAAUUCUAACAUCUUGCAUUUGUUUAGAGUGAUGUGUUAGUGUAGAUAUAUAUAAGAAGAUGUGAUGUAAACUUGGAAACUUGUAUUUUAUAUUUUUUACAGCAAUUUAAAAAAAAAAAUUGCUGUGAAAAGGUAUGAGUGUCAAUUGGACAUCUGCAUUCAAGUCACCUUAAAAGUAAACCUUUAUAGUCUUCAACACAAGAGCAUUGGCUGACAUCCAUCAGCAAGCUAUAAAAGAGCCAAAAUGUCUGGUGUAAAACGAUUCAAACAGGAAAACCACUUGGGUUUGGUUUGUUGUACUGUCCAAAAUGUUUAGUAAUUCCUGAUAUCUCUUUCAAGUAUGUAUUAUCUGCACAUCUUGUGGCAAGGAUUUCCAUUAAAUUCCAAAACAGGAAGCUGCAUUUAUUUUCACUAGGCAUUCUUACAAAAAUCUGAAAUACUAUUCCAUCCAUCAUUAAGCUCAAAAUUGAUUUGAAACACAAUUAAGAACUUAUGAAUUUCUUAUAAAUCUUAUUAUAAAUCUUGAUAAAUUUGAAGAGCACAGUAUUUAAAGGAGAUUGAAGUCAAUUGAAUGCAAUUAUAAAUCGUUCAACAGUAAUUGUUACUCAUCAUAAAUUCAUCUUUCUAUUUUAUUUCUAUUUCAUUUUUGUUUUUUUUGUUUGUUACAUUAUUUUUUUAGAAGUGUUUAUUUCUUUUUUUACAACAUUUCAUAUUGAGUUAUUUAGUAGUUGCAAAAAUGCAAUAUACACAGCCUUCAUUCAUUGGCUACAUGAUUAUACUCUAUUUAAAAAAAAAGAUAUUUUGAGUGCAUUUCUGGACAGUUUGAAUAAGCUUAGUGCCAAUAGAAGGAAAAUUGUCUAUAGUGUGUUUCUUAAUUUGUUUAUACAAAUUUUCAACAGUUGGUUUUCAUCAUUUUAUGUGAGAUGUGUACUAUUUAUUACAAUUUAAAUUAGAUGAAAUAUAUGAUAAAUUUACAUUAAAAAAAUUAUACUAGUGUUUAUAUCAUCAGAAACUGAGAAUGACUAAGUACAAGGAUAUAAGGAAAUACACAUUCAUUCAAGACCAUUUGGCUUGCAAUGGUACCAAGUUAAUUGAAAUCCAACCAGAAGUGAUCUCGAAUAUAAUUUUUUCAACAAUCAUAACAUAUGAAAUACAAAUCAUUGAAGGUAACAUAUACUUCCAUGAUACUUAAUUCAAGUGCUGCAUUGUGUAAUAGGGUUCAGAUUCAUCAAGGGAGACUGGUACAAAAAAUGACCAUAAGGGUACUCACCUUAAGGCAUAAUUUGUUAUUCAUCUGUUCACUUGUUAUUUACUAUCUUUGACUCUUUGUAUGUUACUAUAAGAAAAAGAGUGUGUCAUGGAAAAAGUACUUUGGUUAUAGCAAAUUCAGUUGGUUGGAAGACCUUACUGUUACUAUGAUAUGAAAAAAAUGCUUCUUUAUUUAUUUAAUGGGUACAGGGUUUAUUUUAUGUAAUGAUUAUUUAUACCAUAUCCUUGUUUUGCACCAUCAUGUAUCAAACUAAUUGUCCAUAUGUACCUUUCUGUUCAAAUAAUAGGUGUCAUUGUUGAUUUAAGGGAAUAGCCAUUGUGGUCAAGAAAUGGACCUGGUAAUAUGUUUGUGUGUACCAUAUUAAAAAUAAAAAUGCUUUGUCAUAUAUUAUAUGUAAACAGAAUUCAGAUUUGUAGAUAUGUAGAAGAAACUAGUUAUGUAGAAUUAUACAACCAGACUAUAGAUUGAAAUUUAUACAAUCAGACUUUAGAAUUAUAGAAUAAAACAAUCCGACUUUAGAUAUGUAGAAAUCAUUCUAACCAGGCAGCUUAAUCUUAAUUGACUAUAAUUACCUGUUUUCCUACAUGUGGUCAUGGUUCUCUCUGAACACUCUGGCUUCUUCAACCAAUAAAAAUGGUCAACACGGCCCACGUUAUAGUUAAAACUGUUGAGAGUGGUGUUAAACACUAUCAAUCAAUCUGAACACACAGAAAGGAUCAGAGAGCAUAGACAUUUUUCACCCCAAAGAACAACUUUUUUUCAGACAUAUUUGUAAUAUAUGGUAUAUUUGUGGCAAAGACCACAUUGUAAUUAUGGCCAUUCAAAUGUCUGACAUAGGUAAUAAAUUUUAUAUUAUUUUUUAUUCAGUUUUGUAUAAUUUAUUGUACAAUUUUAUUAUCAUUAUGGUUUGAAAAGAAAGGAUGAUAAA